UCUAAUUCAAGUGAACCCAGGUCUGGUGAACCCAAGUCUGGUGAACCAAAGUCUAGUGAACCCAAGUCAGGGGAUGAAUGUAUAACCCCCAAUCUAGCCAAAGAUUCGGCCAUUCAGCCAACAGAUAUCACUGGAGUUCAAAAUGUCCCAGCAACCAAUGUGGCGAUACAAACUGAGCCUGAUUCGUUAACUUCUGGUUCAAACAUUUUAAACUCAUCAGACACAAAAUCGUCUGAUUCCCUGCUGAUGUCAUCAAAAAUCCUCGACAUAGACAGUCAAUCUUCUUCAAUCACCUGGGAGCCUGCCACGGGUAGGUCGCUGAUCUUCUCUAGUCAGUCUCACCUGGACAUUUCUAGAUCCCCCAGGCACUGGAAGUACAGGAGCUCUAAGCACAGUAUCGAAAGCCCAGAGAAGUCCCCAGACAAAGAUUUUAGAAGCUCAAGUCCGAGCUCAGGGAGACGUCACCCAGGGAAAAAGUCCCGAAGUGACACGCAC